GCCGCCUGGCGCCCGACUGUGCCCAGGGUGGUGGGUGGUGUAAAGGGCAGCAGCAGCGGCGACGGCGGCGGCGGCAGCGAGAGGAGGACGCUCCUCCCCUUCCCCAGCCCGGCGGCGGCAGAGGAAGGAGGGCGCAGAGCGCAGACAUGGCGGCCAACAUGUAUCGAGUGGGAGAUUAUGUCUAUUUUGAAAACUCGUCAAGCAAUCCGUAUCUGAUCAGGCGAAUAGAAGAACUUAAUAAGACUGCCAAUGGCAAUGUGGAAGCAAAAGUGGUAUGUUUUUACAGACGUCGAGACAUCUCCAACAGCCUCAUUAUGUUGGCAGACAAACAUGCAAAAGAAGUUGAGGAAGAAUCUGAAACUCCCAAAGAGGUAGAUUUGACUGAUAAACAGAAACAUCAGUUGAAACACAGAGAGCUUUUUCUGUCUCGCCAAUACGAGUCCCUUCCUGCAACACACAUCAGGGGGAAAUGCAGCGUCGCACUUCUGAAUGAGACAGAAUCUGUGCUGUCGUAUCUCGCUAAAGAGGAUACUUUCUUCUAUUCACUGGUAUAUGAUCCGUCACUGAAAACACUUCUAGCAGAUAAAGGAGAAAUCAGGGUGGGACCCAGGUAUCAAGCAGACGUACCAGAUAUGCUUUCAGAAGGAGAAACAGAUGACCGAGAACAGGCAAAGCUUGAAGUCAAAGUAUGGGAUCCAGAUAGCCACCUCACUGAUCAUCAGAUUGACCAGUUUUUAGUAGUAGCACGUGCUGUUGGUACGUUUGCCCGAGCUCUGGACUGCAGUAGUUCUGUCAGGCAACCUAGUUUACACAUGAGUGCUGCUGCUGCUUCUCGUGACAUCACUCUGUUCCAUGCAAUGGAUACAUUGCAUAAGCAUAACUAUGAUCUGAGCAGUGCCAUUAGUGUUCUGGUUCCACUCGGAGGGCCUGUUUUGUGUAGAGAUGAAAUGGAAGAAUGGUCAGCUUCAGAAGCUAGUUUGUUUGAAGAAGCCCUAGAGAAAUAUGGCAAAGACUUCAAUGACAUACGGCAAGAUUUUCUUCCUUGGAAGUCUCUGACUAGCAUCAUUGAAUAUUAUUAUAUGUGGAAAACUACAGACAGAUACAUUCAGCAGAAACGUCUAAAAGCCGCUGAAGCAGAGAGCAAAUUGAAACAAGUUUACAUACCAACCUACAACAAAUCAAAUCCCAGUCAAAUAUCCAGCACUAAUGGGAAGCCAAGUGCCAUGAAUGGAGCAGUUGGAGCACCUCAUCAGACCCAGAACUCAUUAAUAGGCCGUGCUUGUGAAAGUUGCUACGUCACACAGUCUCAUCAGUGGUAUUCUUGGGGUCCCCCCAACAUGCAGUGUAGAUUAUGUGCACCUUGUUGGAUUUACUGGAAGAAAUACGGUGGCCUAAAAAUGCCAACACUGACAAAUGAAGAUAGAUUUUCUCCUAGUCAAACAACAGAGGAUCCUUGCAUUAGAACACACAUGUCACGACAGGCAACGCAGGGAAUACCAGUCCGGAACACUGGCAGUCCAAAAUCUGCCGUGAAGACACGUCAGUCCUUCUUCCUUCAUACUACAUACUUGACUAAGCUUGCCCGCCAGGUCUGCAGAAAUACUCUUCAGCUGAAACGCGCAGCGAGAAGACCUUUUGUCCUUAUUAACUGUGCUGCCAUUAGGGCAGAAUAUGCUGACAGACACUGUGAAUUUAUUGGAAACCCUUCCAAGAUUAAAAGCACUAGAAAAUCAUUAUCAUGUAUCAUUGGAUACUUGGAGAUUCAUCCUACAAUGAAGCCGAAUAUCAUCAAGUCCACACCAAGCCUUCAGAGUUCAAUGGCGAAGCGACUGCUUGCUCCCCCUGGCCAUUCGUCAUUAAGUAUUUUGGGAAAGAGAAACUACAGCCACCAUCACAAUGGCCUCGAUGGACUUUCCAGUCAUACACAUGGAACAAAAAUGCAAGCUGCUCAUGAUUUCUAUACAACUAACGGUAAAACUUUACAAGUCGGCACGUGUGACCUUAUGCCAAGUGCUACGCCGUUGCUCAAGAGGCAGAGACAAAACUGGCUCAAUGCUCCUGAUGAUGGUUUCUUUAUCGCUACAGAAGAGACCAGAAAACGUCGUAAACAGUUUACUCGAUCGCAGCUGAAAAGAGCUUGUAGGACCCCAUGCACUUUAAUUCUGAGGAACACAAAGUCCCAUAUGACUCACAAAGAGGUUCAAGAGAAUUUGACCAAUCAUUCACAGCUGAAGACACCACAGUAGCAGCAAUGGUGGCAUUUGUGGUGGUUAUUUUCAGAAGAGUUCUCUGAAAUCAGGCAGAAGAGAUCUUCUCUUUCUUUCAAAUUCUUUCUGUGAAGCAAAGUAAAGACAAUCUGGGGCUGGAUCUUCCUUUGUUCAAGAAUAAGACAGUGUUGCUUAUUUGCCUGAAUUGGAAGGACUGUUUUGGGACAAGACAACCAGAAUAUAUGAUGAUUUAUCUUAAUCUUUCUCAGUGCACUAAUAACCGCUGCUCAUGGAUGAGAAAUGGAGACUGCAGUUUUUGAAAGGGUAGCUCAGGCAACCUGUUAACCUGCUAUCUAUGAACUUUCUUCUGCUGCUCAUAAGAGAUUAAAAGAUUAUCUCAUGGUGAAUCAUUGAAAUAACACAUAAAUAAUGCGGGCCAUCUGAAUCCAUCCAUAUGUAUGUAUAGCAUACUAUUUGUUCAGCCUUCUGAAGCUCUGGCUAAAAUGCACUAGUUGAAACGUAGAAUCAUGUCUGUUGAAGCACAAAUGCCAAAUGCAUUAUCUUUCCUUGAUCUGAGGUGCCCAACCUGAUGCAUAUUGAUCUUAAGAAAUGCCAUGUACCCAAAUCCAUAUCCUCUAACAUUUUACAGAUGAAAACAGGUAUACACUUGUAACAACCAAUUCUCAUAACAAGGAUUGCUGCCCAAGCCCCCACCCACUAUUACAUAUUGCUGAACUGAAUUCCACCUGCUAUAUGUUGUGCAUUGCAUAGUGCCUUGGUGUUGUGCACACAUUUACAUGCAGGUACACUAGAGACCAUCUAUCUACCCACUUGGAAAUUUAAUUUCUGGAGAUUCUGGGGAGGGAGCCAAAUUCUGAAGAAUGACUACUCCAGCAACUCAUGUGGAAAAAAAGAAAAUUGGACAAGCAUUCUGAAGAGACAAAAAUAGGGCCAAAACAGGGAUGGUGAUUUACUAGGGACAGAUUUUUAAAAAAUAGGGACUGUCCCUGGAAAAUGAGGAUGGUGCAAACUACUACCCAAGCACAACGAAAGAAGAGACGAGUAUACAAAAUUGUGAAAAGUUCUGAAAGUUGGGCUAUAUUGUCUGAAUUAGGUAUCCAGACAUCAUAAGUAAACAUUUCUGGAAACAGUUUUCUAUCAAGACCUAAAAACAAAUAAAUACUUCAGUGUGGCAGCUUUUGUGGCUAGUAACUAUAGGGCUGACUGUUAUUUCUUCAAUGCAACAAACAAUCUGCUUUGCUCGUUAUUUAGUGAUAUUGUGCCAUAAUUUUGAGGCCAGAAACUAGACAGACAGGUUAUUUCUUGACUGAUGGUGACAGCCAGUUUUAUAGUAAACAGAGGAAACAUUUAUUUCUAUAAAACUAGACCCUCAGCUUUCAGUUAUCUUCCACACUGUCCUUCCUGUGAUAUCCACAGGUCUAUCUUCCGCUUAGGGCCAAGGUCAUUGUGGCUGGGGGUCAUUCAUGUUGCAGUCCAACAUCGGGUGAUCCAAGUUUGAGAAUCCCCACUUUAAGGCAAAACUAGAUGUGACUGCAGCAUGACCAAAUGAAGGUGGUAGAAGAUUUAAAGAGCAGCCCAGGUAGCCCAACAGGGAAGGGGCAGAACCUUUCACCUCUACACUUUCUCCGGCAACUUUUCAGUCAUUUUUCUCUCAGUAGAACCCCACCUGCAGGCAGAAAUGUUGGCCAACAUUCCACUUAUUGGAAUGUUGGCAUUAGGGACUGGCUGCGGCUGUACAUCUUGAAAGGCAGCCCUGAUAGUAUAGCACGAUGGAGUAGCUGUGGAAUUUCUUAAAACCACUUCCAAGCAGUAGUGCAGCACCAGUUAGUGCUGCGUGACAGCCCAGAAGUGGUUUUAAGUGGUUCUGCAGCUACCCUGUUGCACUACACCAUCAGCAGAGGUGCACCUAGGUAAUUUUGGAGCCUGGACCUAUAGGUCUUUGGAGGCCCCCCUCCCCUGCAAAUUAAGCAUUAUCAUGCUCCCAGAGGCGUAUCUAAGGAAAAUAGCGCCUAGGGCAAGCACUGAAAUUGCUCCCCCGUCCAAACAUCUGAUUCCCAUCUUUCAGGUAACUUUACCAUAAUAUCAGCUGAAAAAUACAACUCAAGCUUGUUAAUCUUUUAAUAUUUCAAAAACUAUGUAGCAGUGGAUGUAGCCAGACCAAAAAAUUCUGGAAAACUACAAAUUUCAGUAUGCUGGGGCUGAUGAAAUACUCAAAUACCAUGUGGAGGUGUACUUGGAAAACUAAACAGAAGUGCCUGUCUAAUUCUCUAUGAUGCAUUGUAGCAUCAAUAUUACAUAAGUUUUAAAAAUCAAUGGAGAAUUUGACUUUUCCCAGAUACUCUGAAAAUAAUUAAAGGAUAUGCAGAGUAAACUCUGUCACUGCUUGGAAUAUAUUCUAGUAUUUCAGAAAGAGAGUUAAAAUGAGAGAAAGAGCAAGAAACUCCCAGUGGGCCUUAAUACUAAGGAUUUCACACUGAUUCAAAGACAAAUUCACCAUUAGCAGCCAUAUUAUUAAGACAUCACAUUUAACUCACUUAUCACAAGAAGCAAAGUAAGAGCAAAUGAAUACAAUCCUAGCUCAUAAGCUUCAGCUCAGUAUUCACAAGCCCUGAUUCUCUGUUCCUAGUGCCAAACUAAAUAUGUGUACAGUUAUUUAUAUUAUAUUAAUUUUUUUUUAAAAAAAAAUUUUUACCUGUAGCCCCUUUGGAGGGCUUCCUAAAGGUCGUGGGGUGGGGAUCUGCAAAGGUUCCCCCUCCCCCCACUAGCCUCUAGGGCCUCGCAGAGACCAUUUUAGCAUGUGCAGUGGCCAUUUUUAAAAAUAAAUUUUCUUUUUUUAAAAUGGCCACUGAAAACAAAAUGGCCACUGCGCAUGCUCAGAUGGCCUCUGUGAGGCCUGUGAGGCCAUUUUGUUUUUGGUGGCCAUUUUUAUAAAUUUUAAAAAUGGCGCCCCCUUCAAGUGGCGCCCAGGGCACAUGCCCUGCCUGCCCCACCCUAGAUACACCCCUGCAUGCUCCGCCAUGGGAAUACACCACCCAGGACAGACUAAAGAGGACGUGAGGGAGCCCAGUGGCUGUGGAGGCCCUGGACUUCAGCCCCUAAGUCAAGGGGUAAGAGUGCCUCUGACCAUCAGGCCUGCCUUUCAAGUUAAGCAGAUAUCUUGGCAGAUCUGUAAUGCUGACAUUUAACUGCAUGAAAUGUUCGCCAUUGAUAACAAAAAGCAUGGGGGGGGGGAGAGAAGUGCAGGCAGCGGAAAGAGUCUGCUCCUCCUCCUGCCAACCCCUUUUGAGCUUAAUGCGCUUCAUUCCUCUUUUUGUAGGGAUGCAGUGGUGACCUGAUUUCAACACAAAGUUUUCUUGCAUCUUGUUUGGGACUGCAUUUCCCUCUGGCUUCAGAAAGUCUUUGUGCAAAGGUAUCUGCCUCUAAUGUCUGCGCCUGGAGAUACACAAGGCAACCUCUCUGCCCUUUUGUUAGCAGUAUUACUUGACCACUUGAACACCGUUUCCUCCCAUCACUAUCCCACAGAUAUUUUUUCUCCGAAACUUGAAGCUUCACAGAGGUGUGCUUACUCUUAAGUCCAGGGCCUCUACAGCCCCUGGGGGCCCCAAAGUCCUCUUUAGAAUGCUCUGGGUGGUGUGGUCGCCCGGCGGAGCAUGAUGAUGCUUAAUUUGCAGGGGAGAGGGGCCUCCAAAGACCUUUAGGUCCAGGCUCCAACAAUACCUAGGUGCACUUCUGAAGCUUCAUAGACUUUCACUGGGGUGUCCUCAACCAUAUUUUGAUACUGCCUUUCCGGCUGACUAGGAGAUGAAAGCAUACCUCUUUCUCACCAUUGCUCCCUUGCAACUGGUAUUCAGAGGCAUGAUGCUUCCAAACAUGGAGGUGGCAUAUAGCCAUCAAGACUAGACUGGCAGCUAUUGACAGAUGUGUCCUCCAUGAAUUUGUCUGUAAGUCACACAAUCUCACAUACCUCACCCCAAGACCACUUCUGGCAUGCUUGGGGAAGAGGCAUACUUAGGGAAGAGGCAUGCUUAGCCAGGCCACACUCUCUCAAUCCCACAUGCUAUCCCCUUAAGAUCAACUCCAUCUGUUUAACAGAAAGCAGAUCCAAGCAAUGCAUGUAACUGAGCCUUGCCAACAUCAAAUAAACUGGGUGUUCUGUGUGA